GGAGUACAUAACUUGUGGCAAUUGCUGUUGCCUGUGGGCAGGCGUGUGAAUGUGGAGUCUUUGGAGAGGAAAACAUUAGCUAUCGAUGUGAGCAUUUGGCUUACGCAGUUUAUUAAAGCGAUGCGAGACGACGAAGGGAAGG